AUGUUAAGCGCAAACAUCGUCAAACAAGGAUUGCGAACAAUGUCCACGUUUCGUAUGGCGCUAGUGCAACUCGCCGUUGGCGAAAAUAAAUCAACGAAUGUAGCGCGAGCAGUUUCGUUCAUCGAACGCGCAAAACAACAACAAGCUAACAUUGUUGUACUUCCUGAAUGCUUCAAUUCACCGUACGGAACAUCAUAUUUUGCAAAGUAUGCGGAGAGCAUUCCGGGCGGUGAAACGAGUGUGGCACUAUCGGAAGCGGCCAAAAAGAAUAACGUUUACGUGAUCGGUGGUACGAUACCCGAAAAGGAAGCCGAUAAAUUGUACAAUACGUGCACCGUUUGGGCGCCCGAUGGAACUCUCAUUGCAAAGCACAGGAAGAUGCAUUUAUUCGACAUUGAUAUUAAGGGAAAAAUGACUUUUCGCGAGAGUGAUUCGUUAAGUCCUGGGACCUCGUUGACCAUGUUUGAGGCGAUGGACUGUAAAAUAGGCGUUGGCAUUUGCUACGAUAUCAGAUUCGAAGAAAUGGCACGCUUAUAUCGAAACAAAGGUUGCCAAAUGCUGAUAUAUCCAGCGGCAUUCAAUAUGACCACCGGACCACUGCACUGGUCGUUGCUACAGCGUUCCAGAGCAAACGACAAUCAAUUAUACGUCGCUUGCGUAUCACCGGCUCGUGGUUCUCCACCUGGUUACGUUGCAUGGGGACAUACCCAGUUAACCAAUCCCUGGGGAGAAAUUCUUCAUGAACUAGAUGCCACCGAAGACAUGGUGGUCGCUGACAUAGAUCUGAAAAUCGUAGACGAGGUAAGAUCUCAGAUACCAACGUUCUCUCAGAGACGUACUGAUUUAUACGAUACUAUUUGGAAGAAGGAUUAA